CACAAACGCAGAGCGGCGGUGAGAUGUUGGUGAAACUGCGGUGGAGCGGCUGCUUUCUUUCCUGCUUCUGGAGCGCAGCGGAGCUUGUGCGAUGCGCUCGACCGGAGGAGCAGCAGAGUUGAAAUAAGGGAGACGGAGGGGCAGCAGCAGCAACAGCGGAGAGGGGGGAGCUCUUCCCUGCGAGGAUGACUGGCUGGUGACAAAGAAAAGACGGGGAGCCCCUCUGGCUUCGUUUUCACGGAAGGCAUUUUAGGGGGGACCGGCUUGCUUUCACCCAGCGUUUUUCAUCAGCUCUGCGUUUUGGAGGGGAACCAUGCCUGUCCGGAGGGGUCAUGUCGCGCCACAAAACACCUUUUUGGGAGUAAUCAUCCGAAAAUUCGAGGGACAAAAUAAGAAAUUUGUUAUAGCCAAUGCAAGGGUGCAGAACUGUGCGAUCAUUUACUGUAAUGAUGGCUUCUGCGAGAUGACGGGCUUCUCCAGGCCGGAUGUCAUGCAGAAGCCAUGCACUUGCGACUUCCUGCACGGCCAGUUGACCAGCCGGCAUGCGGUGGCCCAAGUGGCCCAGGCGCUGCUGGGCUCGGAGGAGCGCAAGGUGGAGAUCACCUACCACCGCAAAGACGGUUCCAACUUCCUGUGUGCCACUCACAUCAUCCCGGUGAAGAAUGAGGAGGGCGUGGUCAUGAUGUUCAUCCUUAAUUUUGAUUACAUCAUAGAAGAAGGCAGCAGUGACUCGCUGGAGAAACUCAACCACACCUCCCCCACCAAAGCUGAUCAACGGAAAGGAAGGUUCUUCCGAUUUCGCUUCCCGGCCUUACCUCUUCUGGGAAUCAGCAAACAGUCCCUGCCCCAGGAGGAUCCUGAUGCUGUCAUGGUGGACUCCCCGCGCCACAGCGAUGGCUCUGUGGCCACACAUGAUUACCAACUUCCCACCACCCGUGAGAGUUGCAGCCCCUCAUACGCCAAUGACACCCGUGCUCUCAUUGGUCCAAGCCACUGUUCCACCCCGGUGUCUGGGCCUUUGGAUCACUCCUCACCCAAAGGAAACUGGGACCGGAUGUACCCAGAUCAAAAUGCCGUCCGGACACAAAACCAGAGUCAGGAGGACACGCUCAUCACUGCUCCGUCAAUCCCGGGCCUCACCCCGACCCCCUCCAGGGAAAGUGUGUGCAGUAUUCGCCGUGCCUCCUCCAUACAUGACAUGGCAGGAUUAAGAUCCAACUCCAAGAUGCCGUUUCGGGAUCGACAUGCCAGCGAAGACAAUGGCCGCAAUAUCAAAGUGUCUCGCUCCUGGAUGGCAGGGGGGCCACUCAGCCAGAUCAAGUCCAGCCUGCUAGGCUCCACCUCCGACUCCAAUCUCAACAAGUACAGCACCAUCAACAAAAUCCCUCUCAUCACACUCAACUUCUCCGAGGCCAACAACGAGAAAAAGUGUCCGUCCCCACCGUCGUCUGAGAAAACCAUCAUCGCACCCAAAGUGAAGGAUCGCAGUCAUAAUGUAACGGACAAAGUCACACAGGUUCUAUCGCUGGGUGCAGACGUCCUUCCAGAGUACAAACUUCAAACACCACGAAUUGACAAAUGCACCAUCCUUCAUUACAGCCCCUUCAAAGCAGUCUGGGACUGGCUGAUUCUGCUGCUGGUUAUUUACACUGCCAUUUUCACGCCCUACUCUGCUGCCUUUCUUCUGAAUGACAUCGAAGAGCAGCGAAGGCGAGAAUGCGGCUACUCCUGCUCGCCGCUCAACGUAGUGGAUCUCAUCGUGGACAUCAUGUUUAUCGUGGAUAUCCUGAUUAACUUCCGGACCACCUACGUUAACAUCAACGAGGAAGUGGUCAGUCACCCCGCGAAGAUUGCCAUUCACUAUUUCAAAGGAUGGUUCCUCAUAGACAUGGUGGCUGCCAUCCCAUUUGACCUGCUCAUUUUCGGCUCAGGAUCCGAUGAGACCACUACCCUGAUUGGCCUGCUCAAAACAGCCCGCCUUCUUCGCCUGGUCCGUGUUGCACGUAAGCUGGACCGCUACUCAGAGUACGGCGCUGCGGUGCUGAUGCUGCUCAUGUGCAUCUUUGCCCUCAUUGCUCACUGGCUGGCCUGCAUCUGGUACGCCAUUGGCAACGUGGAGAAGCCUUACUUGGAGCACAAGAUCGGCUGGUUGGACAACUUGGGCGUGUCCAUAGGCAAAAAAUACAACUACAGUGACCCAAACUCUGGUCCUUCGAUCAAAGACAAGUAUGUCACAGCUCUCUACUUCACCUUCAGCAGUCUGACCAGUGUGGGUUUUGGGAAUGUUUCCCCAAACACCAACUCUGAGAAGAUCUUCUCCAUUUGCGUCAUGCUUAUUGGAUCGCUGAUGUACGCCAGCAUCUUUGGGAACGUCUCGGCCAUUAUCCAAAGGUUGUAUUCAGGUACUGCCAGAUAUCAUCUCCAGAUGCUGAGAGUCAAAGAGUUCAUCCGCUUCCACCAAAUCCCAAAUCCACUGCGGCAGCGGCUGGAGGAAUACUUCCAACACGCUUGGUCGUACACCAACGGCAUCGACAUGAAUAUGGUCCUGAAGGGCUUCCCAGAGUGCCUGCAGGCGGAUAUCUGCCUCCACCUCAACAAGAACCUGCUCCAGGGCUGUAAGGCGUUUCGCGGCGCCACUAAAGGUUGCCUCCGAGCGCUGGCCAUGAGGUUUAAGACCACCCACGCGCCCCCCGGAGACACUCUGGUCCACUGCGGAGAUGUUCUCACUGCACUCUACUUCGUCUCACGAGGCUCCAUUGAGAUCCUCAAAGAUGAUGUGGUGGUGGCCAUCCUGGGCAAGAACGACAUCUUCGGAGAGAUGAUGCAUCUCUUCACCAAGCCGGGGAAGUCCAGUGCAGAUGUGCGGGCCCUGAGCUACUGCGACCUCCACACCAUUCAGCGGGAGGAGAUUCUGGAGGUUCUGGACAUGUACCCGGAGUUUGCUGACCACUUCCUCACCAACCUGGAGCUAACCUUCGACCUGCGCGAUGAAAACGCUAAGACGCCGUACAUGCAAACAAGUGACAUCGAUGGCGUCAACUGUCGAAAGAGAGUGUCCUACAGGAGGAAGUCUUCCACAGGAUCCCACUGCAAGGAGUCAGCAGCUGCUUACUGUGCCACCAAGAAGGGGAGGAGAAUAUUCGCCGCCUCAGCAGCCGAGGAGAGGAGGGAGUCCGCCGAGGAGGGAGACGGGGAGGAGGACGAGGAGCAGGAUGAGGAAGGCAGGGAAGAGGAAGAGGAGCAGAAGCCGCUGUGUUCAGGCGUGCUGGGCUACCCGCUGGUGAGGGACCAUGCCCUGGGCGUCGGGGUCAGCGGCCCUCCAGACGCGCACAUCCAAGAUGCUGCGCAGAACCACACGUACAAAGCAGAGCUCCGUGCCGACGAGUGGGUGCAUCAACAUCCCCGGGAGGCGGCGGAGGAGUCCACCCGGUGCGGAGAGACCCCGGCUGGGGAGGAGGACAGCGACACGGACCUGACCUACGGAGAGGUGGAGCAGCGGCUGGAUCUGCUGCAGCAGCACCUCAACAGACUGGAGUCCCAGAUGACGGCGGAUAUCCAGGCCAUCUUGCAUCUCCUCCAAAGGCAGAGCGCUGCCGGCCCACCAGCCUACAGCACCGUCAGCUCCAGUCCAGAGUUCCAGAGACCUGCCAUCAGGGUGCAGCCGGUGUCUGCUCUCCAGACGGAGCUCAGCCUGGACCCAGCGCCACCUCGGCCUCAGAGUCCAGAAGAGACGUUGAGCAAAUCCAAAGAUCCCCUCCCGGCCCUCCUCCACACAGAGACUCUUCCCAACGGGACCUUCGCAGGACUGCUGCACACUGAAUCGGAGGUGGAGCUGAGACCCAAACAAAACUUUGGCUGCGAGGCGGAGCUGCCGCGGCUCCCGUCAGGCCGACAGGCCUCUCUACCUGAAGUUCCCGGGAGCAGCGGAGCCCUGGUCCUCCACAGGCCGGUGUCCGACCCGGGACUCCCGGCAAAGUAGUCCUUCCCACCUUGAUGCUGACUGAAGCUCCUCACUCGCUUGACUCAGGGUCUAAGAACGAGACUGAAUAUGCAAAUGAAAACAAACUGUAGACACUCUUCCAUUCCUCCUCUUCCUCCCAACCCUGGUUUAGACGCCCGACGACCAUUUAUACCAGUUAGUUAUGCGCUAUAUCACUAUCGAGUGUAACGUCGUCAUCAGCUGUGUACAUACUCCACUGGAACACUGCCAGCAGCAAUGUGCUUUUUCUAGAAGAGAUAUGCAUGUUCAUUCGUUUCCUCCCCAUUUUCUGCAUGUUGCUCUCGCACACACGCACACACAUUCACGCACAGCAGCUCUUCAGGUGGUGGGUGUGACCUUGACAUGUAGCGAUCACAUCUGAGCGUCUCUUCCUACCUUUCCAGCAACUCCUAACAAACCAAGGUUGCCUGCCUACUGCACACCACAUCACCACAAACUAGUUCAGCGCAUUAGUCAUGUGACAUCGCAUCCAACACUAGACAGUGGUGAUGCGCUGCUGAGGCUUCAUGAAACAGUGUCCCUAUUUUCUGAGCCCACCAGAUGGAGCUCUUGGUUUAAAAAGGGUUUCGUUGAACUGGUUGUUCAAAUCCAGAGAUGUUAGAGCGCCAUGUGGUGGGCUCUGAAAAUAAGCACACUGUUUCAUGAAGCCUCAUCAGCGAGUCACUACUAGCAAAGUUACACUCGAUCCAAAACAAUCAAGAGUGGGCUGAAGUGACCAAAAGAAUGCUCGCCCUGCCUCCACACCUCCGUCCGUCUUCGCAUGGUGUAGGUCUUCCAUUCAAUUUUAAAGUCCAUAUCAAAAAAUAAGGUUGUUUUUUUUUUGUGGGGUGGGGGUCGGAGAUUUUGUCUUCUGGAUCCACCGUUGGGUCGCCAAUAGCCUUAGCUUUACUAGCCUGCUCUAGCCUUUACAUGAAGCCCGGCGUUUACCCGACAACAAUCAAGGGUUGUAAAUGUACAAACUUCCUGAGGUCGACCUGCAUGAUGAGAUUUAGACGUUUUAGAUUUCUCCGGCGACGCUGAUUCCGACAUGAGCUCAUGUACUGCAUGGAGACUGCACUCGGCAACGUAUACAAGGUCUCGGUCAACUGUGUGUGAUGUUGUUUGAUGCGCAAGGUACAGCACAGAACUCACCCUGAGAUUUAGAAGUACUCUGGAUAUUUUUCUAAGGUGAAAAUGUUUGAUUUGCCAUUAUUUUUCUAUGUAUAUUUCUUUUAGUUUUUUAAACAAACCCCGCUGUCGGAGAACCUGCUGAUGAGAUGUAGCACGAGGACGGGUGCUCCGGAAGAUGCUGUCUCCAAAAUUGCACAUGGAUUUUCUUUUUGACUUUUUGGGUUAGAAGCCAACACUGGACCGUCGUCACCCUGUCUCCCUGCUGUCCUCGCCCCUGCUGAGAUCCACAAGAGUGGGUGGGAUCUGGAACAGAUGAUGGAACGCUCUCGGCUGUGAAGAUGAAAAGCUCCACGUCGCUCUCCCCUGACGCCGGCGGGAACUUGCUUUUAAGAUGGCGUCUCCCUCCGCCGUCCGUCUCUCUGAAGCACAGAUGUAGAACAAAAGUUGCUAACACCGAAACCGUCGGAGCAGUUUGUCUACUGAACUUUCACUGGAACCGCAAACUUUUGCACAGAGAUUAGAAAACUCGCUGUAAUGGAUACAAAAUGUCACUUUUUAAAAUUAGUGCUGUUCACAAUUGUUUUUAUGCAUUUUUUAAAUGUUUGCCACUGUAUUUUAUACAAUGCAACACUUAACAGCUAAUUUGAAUGUUUCUGUUCUUGGCUAUAUUUAAAGAAAUGAAAUAUAUUGUGUACAUAGACUGGACAAUAUGCGCAAUUGUAU